AACUUCAAGAUGUCCUUUGGGAGAGAUAUGGAGCUGGAGCAUUUUGAUGAGCGUGAUAAAGCGCAGCGAUAUGGCAGAGGGUCCCGGGUAAAUGGUUUGCCCAGCCCUACUCACAGUGCCCACUGCAGCUUUUACCGAACCCGUACUCUACAGACCCUGAGUUCUGAGAAGAAAGCCAAGAAAGUUCGUUUCUAUCGUAAUGGAGACCGGUAUUUCAAAGGGAUUGUGUAUGCCAUCUCCCCUGACCGGUUUAGAUCCUUUGAAGCUCUCCUGGCUGAUCUGACCCGAACUCUGUCUGACAAUGUGAAUCUGCCCCAGGGAGUGAGAACAAUCUACACAAUUGAUGGCUCCAAGAAGAUUUCCUCCUUGGACCAGCUAGUAGAAGGGGAAAGCUAUGUAUGUGGUUCCAUAGAACCCUUCAAGAAACUGGAGUACACGAAGAAUGUAAACCCAAACUGGUCAGUGAAUGUUAAGACAACUUCUGCUUCUCGUUCAGUGCCGUCUCUUGCCACUGCUAAGGGAGGUACUCCAGAUGCAAAAGAGAAUAAGGAUUUCAUUAGGCCUAAACUAGUUACUAUCAUCAGGAGCGGAGUGAAGCCACGGAAAGCAGUCCGGAUUCUGCUCAACAAGAAGACAGCCCAUUCAUUUGAACAGGUUCUUACUGAUAUAACCGAUGCCAUCAAGCUGGAUUCAGGGGUGGUUAAACGCCUAUACACAUUAGAUGGAAAACAGGUGAUGUGCCUUCAGGAUUUCUUUGGCGAUGAUGACAUUUUUAUUGCAUGUGGACCAGAAAAGUUCCGUUACCAGGAUGAUUUCUUGCUGGAUGAAAGUGAAUGUCGGGUGGUGAAAUCCACUUCCUAUACCAAAAUAGCUUCGACUUCACGUAGGAGCAACACCAAGAGUCCAGGCCCAUCCCGACGCAGCAAGUCUCCUGCUUCUACCAGCUCAGUGAAUGGAACCCCUGGUAGCCAGCUUUCUACUCCCCGCUCUGGGAAGUCUCCAAGCCCAUCUCCCACCAGCCCAGGAAGCCUACGGAAACAGAGGAGCUCCCAACACAGUGGCUCCUCUACCUCAUUAGCAUCCACCAAAGUUUGCAGCUCUAUGGAUGAAAAUGAUGGACCUGCAGAAGAAGUGUUGGAGGAAGGUUUCCAGGUUCCAGCAUCGAUAGCAGAGCGAUAUAAAGUUGGAAGGACUAUAGGAGAUGGAAAUUUUGCUAUUGUGAAGGAGUGUAUAGAAAGAUCAACUGGUAGAGAAUAUGCUCUGAAAAUAAUCAAAAAAAGUAAAUGUAGAGGAAAAGAACACAUGAUCCAGAAUGAGGUAUCUAUUUUAAGACGAGUCAAGCAUCCCAAUAUUGUACUUCUGAUUGAGGAGAUGGACAUGCCAACGGAGUUGUACCUUGUCAUGGAACUUGUAAAGGGAGGAGAUCUUUUUGAUGCUAUUACUUCCACCAACAAAUAUACAGAGCGGGAUGCCAGUGGGAUGCUUUACAAUCUGGCCAGUGCCAUCAAAUAUCUUCACAGCCUGAACAUUGUCCACAGGGAUAUCAAGCCAGAGAAUCUACUGGUUUAUGAACACCAAGAUGGGAGCAAGUCCCUGAAGCUAGGAGACUUUGGCUUAGCAACGAUUGUGGAUGGACCUCUGUAUACUGUUUGUGGGACCCCAACAUAUGUAGCUCCAGAAAUCAUCGCUGAAACUGGAUAUGGCUUGAAGGUGGACAUCUGGGCAGCCGGUGUGAUUACUUACAUCCUGCUCUGUGGUUUCCCUCCAUUCCGUGGAAGUGGAGAUGACCAAGAAGUGCUUUUUGAUCAGAUUUUGAUGGGACAGGUGGAUUUUCCAUCUCCAUAUUGGGACAAUGUUUCUGACUCUGCAAAGGAACUUAUCACAAUGAUGCUUCAAGUAGAUGUAGAUCUGCGGUUCUCAGCCUUACAAGUUCUUGAGCAUCCAUGGGUUAAUGAUGAUGGCCUUCCAGAGAAUGAGCAUCAGCUGUCAGUAGCUGGGAAGAUAAAGAAGCAUUUCAACACAGGCCCUAAACCGAACAGCACAGCAGCUGGAGUUUCUGUAAUAGCACUGGACCACGGGUUUACCAUCAAGCGAUCAGGGUCUUUGGACUACUACCAACAACCAGGAAUGUAUUGGAUAAGACCACCGCUCUUGAUAAGGAGAGGCAGGUUUUCCGACGAAGACGCAACCAGGAUGUGAGGGGACGUUACAAGGCACAGCAAGCUCCACCUGAACUCAACUCCGAAUCGGAAGACUAUUCACCAAGUUCAUCCGAGACUGUUCGCUCACCUAACUCACCCUUUUAAUAAAACACUUUUACUCAAAAGUCUUGGCUUUAACCCUUUGAGACCCUGAAAAUCCUUCAGACCUGUGUGAAGUGAUUACAGCUGAUGUAUCCAGCAGUAAACGCUGCAAUGGUGGAACAGAAAAGGGUGCUCACAGAAUCUUUGUAAGAAAAAUUUCCUAAUUGAUUGAAAUACUUGUUCUCUGUUUAGAUUGCAACUUGCUGCUAAUAUGAUCCUCAAAGGGUUAAGGCUAUUUUGCUUUUUUAUUUAAAGAUAGAAGCAGUGAAUGUUUUCAUCAGUGAAGCUAGGAACCGCAGUAUGUAAUUUUAGCACGUUAACCCUCUGAGUAAGUGAUCAGCUUAAAUCUUGACAACCCACAUUAGGGCUUUAUUCUGGCUUUUUUGCUUUUAUACGCACAUAUCUUUUAUGGUACCCUAAAGUUCCUUGCCAGUUUCUGGCGAAAACAAUAUCAAACACACUAUUGCUUAGGGUUUGCCAAUAUAGGCAUUAAAAAUGAAAAUAAAAUUAAAUAAA